AUGUCGGGGCACGCAGCGGAGCCGCCGCCGGACGCCACACUCCGCGGCUGGGAACGAGAGCAGGCCCAGCUAAAGGCCAGUGUGGUGGAGGAGGACACCGAGGAGUGGCAGAAGGAUUCGCGUUUUGCAGGACUGGAGAGAGUAGGAGGUGUGGACUUGUCUUAUGUCAAAGGAGAUGACACCAAUGCCUGUGCUUCCCUGGUCGUACUCAGCUACCCAGCUCUUGAGGUGCUGUACGAGGAUUGCCGGAUGGUGGCUGUGAGUGCCCCGUACGUGGCAGGGUUCUUGGCCUUCCGAGAGGUCCCUUUCCUGGUGGAAGCUCUUCAGAGACUUGAGCAAGAAAAGCCCGAGCUCAAACCUCAGGUGCUUCUUGUGGAUGGGAAUGGUCUGCUCCAUCCCAGAGGAUUUGGUGUGGCCUGUCACCUUGGAGUCCUGACAGAUCUGCCAUGCAUUGGAGUGGCCAAGAACCUCCUACAGGUGGAUGGCUUGGUCAAGGAUGAGCUGCACAAAGAGCAGAUUCGCUCCCUGCGGAGGGGAGGAGAUUCAUUCCCAUUGACAGGCACCUCAGGAGGAGUCCUGGGCAUGGCCCUGCGUAGCUACGACAACAGCUCUAAGCCCCUGUAUGUGUCUGUGGGCCACAGGGUGUGCCUGGAGACAGCCCUGCGCCUGGUCAAGUCCUGCUGCCGGUACCGCGUCCCAGAGCCCAUCCGGCAGGCUGAUAUUAGGUCGAGGGAGUAUAUCCGGAAGCAGCUGUGUUCACCACUGGAGGUCACAUCUUCUGGGCCAGAAAGCAGAAAAAAGGAAGCUGAACUGGAUGAUUAG